GAGAAUCUGGAGCUCUCGUUCCGCGUGUGGCAGUGCGGCGGCCGUCUGGAGAUACACCCGUGCAGUCAUGUCGGCCACAUAUUCCGCGACUAUCAUCCGUACUCUUUCCAGGGAAAGGACACACACGGUAUCAAUACGUUGCGCACCAUUAAGGUGUGGAUGGAGGACGAGUUCCAGCGGUACUUCUUUAUGCAUCGAAACGACCUGAAGAAAGUGGACGCCGGAGACCUCACCGACCGGUUGGCGCUCAAAGACCGGCUCCACUGCAAGAGUUUCGGCUGGUAUUUGAAGCACAUCUACACCGAAGAGAAGUUCAUAUUCGACCGCAACGCCAAAGCGUACGGAUUUGUCCGCAACGGUGUCUCAAACCUGUGUUUGGAUAAUCUGAACCGCGAAGAGGAUAAGACACACAACUUGGGACUGUAUGUGUGCGCACCGGACAGACCGGCCGAUGUCUGGACGAACCAAGUGUUUACUCUGAACAAUGACGGAGAGCUACGGCGGGAGGAGAGCUGCGCGACUGUGGAAUCAAUGGACGACACAGUGGUGCAAAUGGCCAAAUGUAAUGACAUAAAAAUGGCCAAAACUCGCCGAAAGCGGACGGCGAAGAAAGAGAAACGCAAACAGCAGUGGAAACACACGAAAGGCGGCCAAAUAGUCAACGAAUACACGGGUCUGUGUCUGACCGCUGCCGACACUGAGAGCGGUGGUGACGCCCGAGUGGCCGACUGUAACGAAGACGACGCACACCAGUUGUGGUGGUUUCAGACGUACACCGAUAUCCAUGUCCUGUGAUCUGCCGAUCAAUAGGACUGCUAUUUAUUUUGUUUAUUUGCCGAUAGUUUUGAUCGAAUUUUUAAAUAAUUAUUUUGUAUUAAUAGGAAAUGAAUUAUUUAUAUUUAUGAAUAUAUCGAUAAUUUAUAGAGUUUUAUAAAUUUUUAUAUUUUUAAAUAGAGUUUUUAUAAAUAACUUUCUUAUGCAUGAAAUCCAUUGAUAUAUGCGAUGACGAGACGAGAGAAACGUGAGAUAAAUGUAUUUUAUUUUGUUUUUAUGAAAAAAUUAUAUGUAUUUUGUGUUAACAACUGAACAAUCAGUCAAUCGAUUCCCAAUGUAUUGAGUAUUUUCUCUGUUGAAUACAAAACAGACAGUCAUUUAAAGAGUACACGAA